CUACUAUAGCUAAGCGCAUUACCACACACAUAAAACCUUCCUAAAACACAGAAUCGGCGAUGGAGUGCUAUUCGUCGAAGCUCGCCUGGUCCUUGGUUCUCGCUUUCGCCAUGGCCGCAGCCGCCGGCAUAGCGCCGUGCGCGGCGCAGAACGCUCCGUCGGACUUCGUGAGCCCCCACAACGCGUCGCGCGCGGCCGUGGGCGUCGGGCCGGUGACCUGGGACGCGACGGUGGCGGCGUACGCGCAGAACUACAGCAACGUGCGUAAAGCCGACUGCAAACUCCAGCACUCCGGCGGGCCGUACGGGGAGAACAUCUUCUGGGGCUCCUCCGGCUACGCCUGGAGCGCGUCGAACGCCGUGACCUCGUGGACCUCGGAGCAGCAGUACUACAACUACGCCACCAAUACCUGCUCGGCGGGCCAUAUAUGCGGGCACUACACGCAGGUGGUGUGGCGGUCCUCCACGGCCAUCGGCUGCGCCCGCGUCGUCUGUGACAACAACGCCGAGGUCUUCAUCAUCUGCAACUACAACCCGCCGGGCAACUACGUCGGACAGAAACCAUACUAGCUACCUAGCUAGUUUCCUUCGCAAUGAUUAACAUAAUUUAUGGAGCAAGGAAUACAUGCAUCGAUGCAUACAUGUAGACGUAUGCCCCAAGAAAUAAGUUGUAAUCUCUUUUUGAUUUAAUGAACUAAUAAUCCUUCUAAAACAAGAUGUCGCAACUUUGUCUCAAUUUAAAUGUAUCUACAC